AAUAUGCCCUGUGGCAAGAAACCCCUCGUUAAAAGUUGGGACAGGCCGAAAGAUAUAAGGACGGUAAAGCCUUCCCGCUACCAACAGAACGAAGCCUCCGUGAAAGUACAUUGGAAGAAUGUUAUCAAAGACAUUGAAUUAUUUUACAAAGAUGAACAGUUCUGGGAGACUCAAGGCAAGACGGUGCGUGACCUGGUGGGCCCUGUCAUCUUCGAGCGUCUGGUGAAGAUCUUCAACCUGCAGAUAGAUGACGACCCUUACGUACCGCCCUCUGAACCUUCCACCAUACAAUCCUCAGACAAGUACUAUGCCACGUACAUGCCCAGUACCGUGUCACGCCAGGAUAAAUCUCAAUUCGAGAUGCGGCCGUCGUAUUCGUUGAGUGACUUCGAACCGGAGGAGAUUGGCGAGGAAGAUGAGGAACGAGAGGACGAAGACACGUGGUCCACCUCAUCGGAGGACGAGACGAUCGGCGGUGGCGGCGGCGGCGUGCAAACCAACCGAUCCAUCACUCGCUCGAUGAUGGGCCAUUCUAUGAAUCGCUCCGUGAACAAAUCCCUCAACCAAUACGUAUUCAAGAGCUUCUCCAAAGUGUUCUCGACGAUGUCCAGGACGUUCAACAAGAGUUUCCAAAGGUCGUUCUCUUCGCGGAGGUUUGAAUCGUCGUCGUCCUGGGACAUGAGCGCAGCGUCUGAUGACGACAUCAUAGUGCAUCCCAAGAGUGUCGUCCAUACUCGGAAGAGAGGAGGACAAAAGUUGGUCAAUCCUCAUUUCGAAUUGUUGUACUGCAACGACUCUGAAACAGACAUGAUCAAAUGGAACUCCCACUAUAAACAAAAGAAGUUCGAAGUAUCCGCUUCUGAUGAGUAUAGCAAGAAGGCUGAACUAUUGACGAAACAGAUAGCUCACGACUUUUACGAGUGGUGGGUUGGUCUGGGCAGUGUGGAGUUCAAAACUGAAAUCAAACGCCCGGUCGACAUUGAAGACUUGUUCCAAGUUUGGUUCGACGAGCACGCAUCUCGCGGUCUGGUGCUGGAUCCGAAGAUUCUUCCUUGCGUGCUGCAGAACAUCGCCAAUUACGUUGGAGCACCAAGAACGUCAUGCCCGAGGGUCCUCAAGAGACAGAUCGCGUCAGACAUCCACGCGGAGACCAAGCCAGCCCACACCCUCGCUUUCGGACAGUGCCUGCCGCUGCACAUGAAGCACAUCCCACCGCAGAACAACACCAAAGAGAUCUGGCACAGCGUCAAGAUACCAGAGGAUCUGCGCUCCAUGGCCGCUGUCUGGGAAGACAUUUCUCAUCUCACCGCUACGAAAGCGUUCAUGAAGUGGUUGACGCAGCAUCCUUAUAUGCCGAUGCCUCCUUAUCUGAAGGAGUUGGGCGGCGCUGGCGAGAAGAAACAGUUGUUCGUCAUCCCUUCAGAUUUCGUGGUGAGGGAUAAGAGUAUUGAGAGCUUCUCCAACCAGGACCUGAACAUUCCCGUCUCGCAGUUCUCACUCGAGAUAAAGGAAGUUCUUAGCCGACUCUUGAACGACUAA